UCCUAAUAUACCGGGGAAGAUUGCUCUACGUAUUCCAGGAUACCAUUCCGAAAGCAUAGACCGAAGUUCCCAUUUACGAUUUUCCUGAACCUUUAUUCAUUUAUCGACAGUUACGGUGCUUCUCUCUCUUUUUGAACUUGAAGGUAGAGAAGAACUACGAUUUGCAUAUUAAUUUCGAGAACUUAUGUCUAGACUGUGUAGAUGAAUAAUUAUUGUGAUUCAUUGUUUGCUUUUGUUAAUUCCGAUUGCUAAUUCGGAGCUGUCCUAGUCAAUAUUUGACGGAAGGACGAUAACAUGGAUCUGUUUGACGUUCUGGAAUUCGCGUGAAACGUCAUUUUCUUGUUUCGUUAUUGUGCGAAUGUUCACUGUAUUAUUCUUAGAAUAAUAGCAUUAUAGCAUUAUUGCUUUAAAUUAAGUGCAGAACGUGUAAUAUAAAUUUUGUUAGUUGAUUUUCCUGUACCGUCCAGUCGUAAUUUGUGUUCUAUAUUACAAUUUUGCAUACUAGUCCAGGAUGGAUACUGGUUUCUCUUCAUACCACAAUGGUGGUCUAACUCGUGAGCAGGACUUUGGGAGACUAUCUCAAACAAUUGGCACAUCGAUAUUGAAGAUAUCCCAAAAUGUUUCUUCAAUGCAAAAGAUGGUCAAUCAGUUGGGUGGUUCUACGGAUUCUCAGGAACUCAGGAAUCAACUCCAUCAAAUACAACAUUACACACAACAACUUGCCAAGGACACAAAUGUGCACCUUAAGGACUUGGCAGUACUUGCAAAUAAUGCUGGUUCAAGCAGUCCUGGAGAACAAAGACAGCGAAAGAUGCAAAGGGAAAGGUUACAAGAUGAAUUCACGACAGCCUUGAACAAUUUCCAGGGCAUUCAAAGGCUUGCUGCUAACAAGGAAAGAGAAAUGGUAAGGAAAGCAAAGGCAACUGCAGGUAUAGGACCAUUUGGUGAUAAAAAGCAGGAAACUCUGAUCGAACUUCAAGACAAUAGAACACAAAAACAGAUUCAACAGCAGCAGCUGCAGGAGGAGCAAAAUCUGCGAAUGUUGGAAGAGCAAGAAGCCAGCAUACGCCAGUUGGAGAGCGACAUCAGUGACGUGAAUCAGAUCUUCAAAGAAUUAGGGGCUCUUGUACAUGAACAGGGUGAAGUAAUUGACUCCAUCGAAGCGUCUGUUGAAAGAACAGAAGUAUUCGUAAACGAAGGCACACAGGAAUUACGACAAGCGGCUACUUAUAAAAAUAAAUUACGCAAGAAGAAAUGCAUCCUCGUGAUUAUCGGUGCUGUAGUAGUAUCCAUUCUCAUCGGGAUUAUUGUCUGGCAGAGCAAAUCGUAAGGUAUAUCGGUAUUUUGAAUAAACUGUUAUACGACGUACGGAAUUUGUGGUAGUAAGCAUAUGGUGCAACUAGAAACUAUCAACAUGGUGGGAAUUAUUUUUAAAAGAGUUUCUAAAUUGUAUGGUUGCUGGGACCGUGACCGAUAAUAAGUUAAAACUGAAAAGAUUUACUACGUCGUCAUACAGUUUUUCGUGCUUAAUCUAUACGUCCUGCGGACAUCAUUUCUCAUAUAAAAAAUGAUAAAAAGUAAUGAAAAGUAUAUUUCACGGCUAUUUGUGCAAUGAGUCGUGUGAUUGUCCUGUCCAUUUGUACGAUACGCUAUUGCCAUACGACGUUUACUCGAUUACUAUUGAUAUAAACAUAAUUUAUGCUUAUCAGUUUUAGAAAAUAUACUCGAUGAGUGUAUACACUCGUAGAAAAUAUACCACGCUAAAAAUGUGACGCGUAACAUGAGAUGCGAGUGCUGCAUUAUUGCGAUUAUUGCAGCGUAUCGCGAGUGGGCAUUUACGAAAUUCUGUAAAUCAUUCCGGAUAAUUAACUUUAACGUAAUUAUUUUACAGUACUUCGUAGAAUAACCGGCAGGUGGUUAACAGCCUGAUGUAUUAUAUUAUAUUUAAGGAUGUUGAUUUAUUUUAAUCAAAAUGUAACAAUCUACAUAUAUGAAUAUCUCGUCUCA